AUGCCCCCCGUCUACCCACUUCACGAAGCCACUUCUCGUGCCGAAUCGGAUGCGAUUGUCGAUCUAGCCUGGAUUGCCUGGCACGAUCCUUACUUACCAUCUUUCCAAAUUUUCCAUCCAGUACAUGGUCCUACAGCACGGGAUCACGAGGCAGCGAUCUUGGCUGAUAAGGAGAGAGCAUGGAAUACUCAUUUGGCAUACAAGGAGGGUGUCAGCCAUUGGAUCUAUGUGGUCGACCAGAGUAAUGGUGCAGUUAUCGGUGCCUGUCAGUGGCUCAUAUUUGCAGACACGCCAUGGCCCAACGAGCUCCCCAAGAUAGUUGCAACUUGGUGGCCGGAAGGAGAAGGUAGGAAUUUUGCAACCGAGUUUGUGAGACAGUGUUAUACACCUCGGCAACAAUGGAUGAAUAGACCUCAUAUAGCUCUGAAUCAAACUUCAGUACAUCCGAAGUAUAGAGGAAAAGGUAUUGGCACACUUCUGAUGGACUGGGGCACCAACAUGGCAGAUAAGUUAGGGUUGGAAGGAUUCAUCGAGGCGUCAGAUAGUGGUCGUGGUCUUUAUGAAAAACACGGAUUCCGAACUCUCAUGAAAUUGUCAAUAAGUCUUGAAAAGAAAAAUGCAAGCGGAGAAUGGAAAAGAUUGCUGCAUGACUUAAGUCGGGGGGUGUUUGAAGAAGGGAAGCCACAGACACCCUGGCAGGUAGAUCAGAUGUUGGCAAAGGAGGGUAGAAGUGAAGUCAAAAUGCCCGUGAUGAAGCUUUGCCCGUAG